UGUUAGAGCGGAUCCGACGGGCGGCCCAUCGGUUUCCUUCUCCAGACCACCGCGCCGGCCGGUGCCUCGUUCCCAUCGCCCACCGCGGCCCCGCCCCACAGGCUAUAAGCCAAACCCGACUGACGGAGGUGGACGCCCGCAUGCUCCACCGCCGCGCGAUGCCGCUCCUGCCGCCGCCUUCUCCGCCUCCUGCUCCGCGGACGCCGGGGGUCGCCGGCGGGCGUCUCUCCGCCUCGCUCCCGCCCCCGCCACCUCUACACUCCCGGAGAGAGGUGCAUAUUUGGUAUCUUUUGCCUGAUGAGUUGAAUGAUGCCUCCCAACUGAAGAUGUACAUGGAACUCCUUUCCCCUUCUGAAAGGAAGAAUGCUUUGUCUAUGAAUGGGGAAAAGUUGCAGAAAGAUGCUGUGUUGUCCCGUGCAUUGGUGCGCACCACCCUCUCAAGAUAUACAGAUUGCAAAAUUGAUCCAAGAUCGUUUGAGUUUAAGAAGAACAAAUUUGGCAAACCUGAGAUAUUGUGGCCACCUGAUGAUGGCAGGAUGCAAUGGCCUUUGCAUUUCAAUAUUUCACACACAUCUUCGUUGAUUGCCUGUGGCAUAACCAUGGAUACUCCUAUUGGCAUUGACAUUGAAGGGAAGAAACGAAAGACAGCCAAGAGUAUUUUAUCUCUUGCUCACCGUUAUUUUACCCCUUCUGAAGUUGAUUAUUUAGCCAAAAUUCCUGACCCUGAUGCUCAGCAAAAGGAAUUCAUAAAACUAUGGACUCUUAAAGAAGCGUACGUAAAGGCUCUUGGAAGGGGGUUUUCAGGUGCUCCUUUCAAUAAGUUCUCGAUCAUAUUGGCAGCAAGUAACGGAAUCAAAAUUUCUGUGGCACCAAAAGUAUUAAAGGAUUCUAACUCUAGUUGUGACUGUCUGUCCGAGAAUUGGCAAUUUGCACUUGCAGAGCUAAAUAGUUCUCAUUACAUGGCAGUUUGUGUAGAGGAUGACUCAAGAAGUUCAGGUUCUGGGAAUGGUCGACUACCACUAGGAUUGAAAGUAUGGAAGACCAUUCCAUUCCUAGAAGAUAGACUUGUUUCUGGAACUGAAGCUGUAAAACUUAUAAGUUGAGUAUGUAACAGCCUGACAGGACCUGCUAUUGGUCAUAUGAUUUCACCAGAUGACAAUAUGAUAUAACGAUUUGUAUUUGGACAAGGUAUGUGGGGAAACUCUGAGCAUUCUUCAUGCAUUGAGGGGAAGCUCUGAGUAUUCUUGAAUCAUUGAUUAACUGAUUGCUGACAUUGUACACUAGUGAGGACUUUGGGAAAUGCAACAGCAUAUAUUUCAUAUUAAGACUGUUUAUUA